AUGGUGGGCGGACAUGGUCCAGUUAAUUUCUUUUGGUGGUUCAACUGGAUAGCCACAUCUCCUUUCUUUCAUGUGGCAUGUUUCAUCGGCUCACUCACGACGAGAGUAUUUAUGGAGGGCUUUACUUAUCGGAUUAUAUUUGGCGUUGCGGCGUUUAUCUGGAUUCCAAUCAACUUCUUCUUCAAAAAUUAUGAGCGAAGAAAGAUUCACGAACCAAUUCGGAUGAUGUUCCGCCCUCGGAAAGACUGGGGACCAGCGAAUCCAACAGAUCGUGAGGAAGCAAAGCAAAUGGAGCGUGCUCUACGGGUUCUAUUGAGGCAGUAUGAUGUGAUCAAGCUGCUAUGGCACCAUUUACUUCCAAAACAAUAG